GGUGAAUGUGCGCUUGCGUGCAGAAAGCCAGUGACGUAAUCCAUCCCAGAGUUCAAUGCUCGCAUUGCGCUGAAUCAUGUCGGAGAAGAAGGCGCCGGUGGACUUGGGUUUGCUGGAGGAGGAUGAUGAGUUCGAGGAGUUUCCAGCGGAAGGCUGGACAGGUUUAGAUGAGGAUGAGGAUGCACAUGUCUGGGAAGACAACUGGGAUGAUGACAAUGUGGAGGAUGACUUUUCGAACCAGUUAAGAGCUGAACUAGAAAAAUUUGGAUACAAGAUGGAAACUUCAUAGCUGAAUCAAUACUACAGGAUGUGAAUGUUUUGAAGAUGUAGAACAAGAGAACCCUGUGUAAUUAAAAUAGUUGUGGCUGAAAACACAACUUUGUGGAGAAUGAAAAGUUGCAUAAAAUUCUGUUGCAAAGGACAGUUUUUCUCUGACUUUUGUUUUAUUUUCCUAAAAUAAAUUCUGUAUUUAAAUUUUCUAUUCUUGAUAAUGCUCAUAAUCCCAAAGAAUUGGGCUGCAACUCUGGACAAACUCAAAAUUGUACUCCUUUCACCCAAGUUCAUGGUUGAUGUAGAAAGAGCAACAACUUUGGAUUUCAAGUGAUACUCUUAGUAUUUUUGUCAUCUUUUAAAUGAUGAGUUCUGAAGUAGGCUGGGUCAUAAAUGCCAUUUCAAAUAGAACUUUAAACUUUAUAUGACUUAUUUUUUGUGUCAUUUAAAAUUGAGCAGCUUAUUUGAAAUUACCUUGAACAAGAGGCUGAGUAUUCAGCUUUAAGAAAAUAAAAUUUAACUUGUUGAAUGUG